UGGUGUCUCCUCUGAUUCUGGGAGUGUAUGAUUCCCCUACAGACCCAGUUCCUUCACCUGAUUGUCAUUGCCCCAGGAAAUCUCCCUUUGGGGCUCUGAAUGCAGCAGAGAGUUGACACAUGGAUGUGGGAAGAAAUGACAGCACAGUGACCAAUUUCAUCCUUUUGGGAUUUUCAGAACGUCCUGAGCUGCAGGUUAUGCUCUUUUUGCUUUGUCUGGGAAUCUAUUUCAUGACUCUGGCUGGGAACCUGGGCCUCAUUGUACUUAUCAGGAUGGAUUCACAUCUCCACUCCCCCAUGUAUUUCUUCCUUGGUAACUUAUCCUUUGUUGAUAUAUCAUAUACCUCCUCUGUAGCCCCUAAGAUGCUCUGUGACUUCUUCCAGGAACAGAAAGUCAUCUCCUUUGUGGGCUGUGCUGCUCAGUUUUUUUUCUUCCUUGGGAUGGGAGGCACCGAGUGCUGCCUCCUGGCGGCCAUGGCAUACGACCGAUAUGCUGCCAUCUCCAACCCUCUGCUCUACACAGCCCUCAUGUCUCCCACCAUCUGUGUGGGGAUGGCCAUUACAGCGUAUGCCGGUGGACUCCUCACGGGGUUGGUCCAAACUAGCUCCAUAUUCCAGCUCCAUUUCUGUGAGCCACGAGUCAUUAACCACUUCUUCUGCGACCUGCCACCCCUGCUGGGCUUGUCUUGCUCCAGUACCUUCAUCAGCCAGGUGGUGAACUUUCUAGUUGUGUGUGCAGUCGGCGGCACAUCAGCUCUUGUUGUCUUGGUUUCCUAUGGCUACAUCAUUGCCACUGUUAUGAAGAUCCAUUCAACUCAAGGGAGGAUAAAAGCUUUCAGCACCUGUGCCUCUCAUCUGACCACAGUGAUUCUCUUUUAUGGCUCAGGGCUCUUCUCAUAUCUUCAUUCCACUGUUGGGUACUCACGGGACCAAGAUAAAGUGGCUUCCAUGUUCUAUAGUGCUGUGAUCCCCAUGCUGAACCCCAUCAUCUAUAGUCUGCGAAACAAGGAGAUCAAAGAUGCAUUGAAAAAUAUCAAGGAGAGGAGGAAGCAGUUAUCCUCUCUGUGUUUUAUAGUUCCUUAAGUUAAAAAAAAAAAGCUUUUCCAGUUUUGCUCAAUCUAGAUAAGCAUGAAAUAAAUGGCAUGUAGACUCUGAGAAGUAUUAGAGACACUCUUUCAAAAUAAAAUCCCCAAGCUGCAUGUCCACUGGACAAUUAGGCUCAACAGAGGUUUGCUUUCUUUAUGUACAUGUUUUUCUCACGGCCUGAUAGGAUUUCAAUUUUGGUCAUUUGCAAUAGAAAAUAAAUACACUUUCCUGUAAGGUUCCUUAGCUGUAAAACAUCAGGUGCCUUAGAACCUGCUGGAAUAUGAUUCCAGGACUACUGAUAUGAAGACCUCUUUACAAUACAAUACUUCUCCUACCAAUCCAUUUACUUUUUGGGACAAAUCUUCUAUUCCUCUUAACUUGGAUCCUACCUAACCAAGGAUUGGUACUGACCAGCAAAGCUGACUCUGGGUUAGAAAUCUGAGCCCCCUAUCUGAGGUCAGCAGUGUUUACCACAGGAGCAAGAGGAAUCUGUUAACCAUGUUUGAGAAGAGCCAAGGUCACAUUUGGGGGCCAUGAAAUCCACUGGGGCCAGAAACAGGAGUCAAAACCCAAGGCGCCAAAGCUGUAAAGCCAUAGCAAGCAAAAAACAUGGAAAAGGUCAAAUGAGAAACCCUAACAGGGAAUAGUGUGCCAUAAGGUUAAUUUGCAUGUCUGAAAUCUCCCAUGAUGGGUGAUGAGUGAGGCCACUUGGUUUAAGGAACAAGGUCAGGGAAGAGAGAUUUCCUCUGGCAGCCCUGUUUGUGCAUUUACUCCUGAGACUGGUUCUACUCUUGGCCUUAUAUGGCUAUCUGACUCACUCUCUGUCUCACUCCAUCCUCACUUGACUUUUAUGUCACAAACUGCCAAUUGUACACUGUCUGCUGUCCCCUGGAAUUUGACCUUGGUUUGUCACAUGAUUCUGACAUCCUUGUUUUCAUUUUUAUCCACUAUCUCAGACAGGGAUCCCAAUCCAUGACAUGAUCUGAGAUAGGACAACCAUGUCAGUGAGUGUGCAUCAGAGCUGAAUGUGAAUUUUAAGUUGUCUUUGAUCCCGUUUUGAAGAUGACUCUUGAAGAAAGGAUAAAAAUUGUUUGUGUAAACCAUAGUGAACCAUGCAAACAAACCCUAACUCACAUCUUCUACGGCCAUAACUAUUUCACCUUAGUCCCAUUGUAAUCAGCACAGUUCUCAUUGAUCAGUUAUCUGACCACUUGGAUUAUUAGCAGUUUAUGUAAGGGAGGGGUUGUGACUUAGACUGGAGAUUCCUUUGUAAAGCCUUCCUUGAUCCUGGCCUCCUUCAGACCAGAUUAAUUGUUUCUGAAAUGCAUCCCUAUAGCAUCCUCUAUUUCACCUGUCAUUACCUAGGACAUUUUGAAAUAUUUUUCUUGUUUAAUUGUUAACAUCCUUGUCUAAACAUCCCUCUAUUCUUUCCCCAAAACAGGACAUGGCUUAGACAAACUAUGCACUUAAUAGAUAAAUAAAUCCAAAUUCAGAGAUUUAUAGCAAACAAAGGGAAUUAACACUUAUGGAAUGCUUAUACUAUGUCAGGAAUUAUGCACAAUUUUUAAAAAUUGCAUUUUAAUUUUAUAUCAUAAACACUGAUUUCUUGUUUAAAAAAUGAAACCUAUGGGUAGAAAAUAUCUCCUUCGACCAUGGCACUCAGUGUCAGUCUAUUCCCACACUCCCCAAGAAACCAUGAUUCCCAUGCUGAACUACAUCAUCUGUGGUAUGUAAACUUAUACUUUUUAUGCAUGUUAACAUUCACAUGUAUACUAGCUGAAAUAUAUAAUACUGCUUUGUGUAUAUUUAUAUAAAUGGUGUUGAACUAUAUGAUUAUUCUAUAUUUUGUGUUAUUUCAUUCAACAUUGUUUCUUGAAGUUCUCCUGGUGUUAAGAACAUACAUAUCUACCUCAGUCUUUUUUUUCUUUCAUAGAAUUAAAUACCAAAGUUAAUGUACCUGUUCCUCCACUGGUGAACA